CGGGAAAGUGCUAAAAGAAGAGGCCCAGCGUGGCCGUGCACCGAGCUUGACUAAAUUUGGAGCGACUCGAAAGCUCUCGUCGGAGAAGGCCAAAGUUGGGAGGCAGCAAAUUGUCGGAAAGAACGUUGGCGAUCGGAAAAGUGCGUUCACUCGACAAUCGUAAAGAGCCUUCCUCGAAGGGCUGGAAGUUUAGGGUUCCGGGACCGAGCAUAUCUUCACCAAUUCCAGCAGCUUGGAACGCAGCUUGGAACGCGACAGGACAGUGGACGACAGAUUUGACUCUGGGAUUGCUCUGCGACUCGCAUCGUCGAACUCGAUGAUCUGAAAAUAUCUGAAAACAGUGAUUGUUUGGGAUUCUGGAGGUUUCCGAGGAGGACUGUGCUGCGGAGCGAGCGUUGUCGUCCCAGGGCUGUGGAGCUGUGUCGUCUGUUUGGGAGUGGAAUCUGCUCUGAUCGCAAAAGGUCGAGGUCAUUAUUGGGGAUGGAUGCCGUGCACAGGUUAUAGAGCAGCUGGAUGCGGCGCAAUUGGAGUUGCAGAGAUGGUGAAUCGAAGACAUUGAGAUCACGGGGCUUGAUCUCUUUGGGGACCUGAACCUCGAAGGCAUUCUUAGCUGACAUUUGCAAUCCAGAUUUCACUCUGUUGAGUAGUGGAGACUGAAACUCCGUUGUGGAAUUCGAAGCAGAACUAAAGUAACUGCUUUGGAUCGGGGGGGACAGCAACGCAAUUUUCCAAUUCCUUAUUCAAGAAGCGUGCAGCGAGGUAGCGGAAAGUUGUACGCAUAUUGCACUCCCCGGGAUUUUUCGAAUAGUGGGAAAGCAGGGGCAAUGUCCGCCGUGGCGGACGGAGGGGUUGGGGCAGGGGUUCACGAGGUGCUAGGCGAGCGUGCCAAGGAUGUGGACGACACGAUCCUGGAUUACAUUGUCAACGUGCUGAAGGAUGAGACUUUUGAAUUUGGAUGGAAGGGGGAGGGCGCCUUCGAGGCUGUGGGGGCUCUACUUGUCGAUUCAGGAUGUGUUGAGGAUGAAGCAGAGGCCCGCACGGUGUGUGGGAAGCUGGCGGAAAAAUUUGCCAGGGAUGUCAAAACUCAGGGAGGAUAUCGAAAGCUAGCAACAUCAGUGAGAAUGUCCGAUGGAAUGCCCGAAACGGAGGAGUACAGGACUCAGGAGCCAACUCAGGCCCCUCCCCAGAUUUCUGAACGAGAUCAAGCGAAAAUGGAGAGGCGGAGAAGAAAAGAAGAAAGGCAGAGACUGGCCGAUUAUGAAGCCCACUUGGCCGCUGCUGAGGCCUCUACUGCUGGAAUGCCAGCUGUCAUGGUCAAUCACGGUGGUGUUGGAGAGGGUAGUGUUCCUAAAGAUAUUCGUCUGGAGAACUUUAGUAUCUCAUUGGGUGGUAAAGAGCUUAUAAACUCAGCCACAGUAACUCUCGCUUACGGAAGGCGUUAUGGUUUGGUUGGGAGAAACGGAACAGGAAAAACGACUUUGUUAAAACACAUGGCUAUGCACGCGAUUGAUGGCAUACCAAAGAAUUGUCAGAUUCUACACGUUGAACAAGAAGUUGUCGGGGAUGACACUACUGUUCUACAGUGUGUACUCAGCUCAGACAUUGAGCGGUCCGCACUUAUGGAAGAAGAGGCCCAAUUAGCGCAGCAGAGGGACCCUACCACUAUCAACACCACAGCUGGGGCUAAAGUCAAUGGUUCUGCACCUUUGAUAAUGAAGGACGGCACGGAUGCCGUAGAGCAAGAUACUAAGCCACAAGACAUUGAUAUGUCCAAAGCGGAAUCCAAAGAUCCAGUGUCAGAAAGAUUGGCUCAAAUUUAUAAAAGGUUGGAGCAGAUCGAUGCAUAUUCAGCCGAAGCGCGGGCUGCUUCUAUCUUAGCCGGUUUGAGUUUUACAUCAGAGAUGCAGCAGCGGAAGACUAAAACAUUUUCUGGCGGUUGGCGAAUGAGAGUUGCCCUUGCCCGAGCUCUCUUUGUAGAGCCCGACCUUCUUUUACUUGACGAGCCUACAAACCAUCUGGAUCUUCAUGCCGUGCUGUGGCUGGAGAAUUACCUGUUAAAGUGGCCGAAGACAUUGAUUGUGGUUUCUCACGCGCGAGAGUUUUUGAAUACGGUUGUCACAGAUGUAUUGCACCUUCAUAAUCAAAUUAUUACAGUAUACAAGGGAGAUUAUGACACCUUCGAAAGAACUCGCGACGAACGGCUAAGGAAUCAACAGAAGGCCCAUGAAGCCAACGAACGUACUCGCUCUCACAUUCAGGCCUUCGUAGAUAAGUUCCGGUAUAAUGCGAAACGAGCUUCCCUUGUACAGUCUCGUAUCAAGGCCUUGGAACGUAUUGGCCACGUCGAUGCUGUAAUCAAUGACCCAGACUACAAAUUCGAGUUUCCUACUCCUGAGGACAAACCGAGUGCUCCUAUUAUAAGCUUCAGUGAUGCUACAUUUGGCUAUCCUGGGGGACCUUUGCUUUUCAAGAAUCUCAACUUUGGCAUAGACCUCGACAGUCGGCUAGCAAUGGUCGGGCCCAACGGUAUCGGAAAGUCAACUCUCUUGAAAUUGAUAUCAGGAGAGCUGGAACCCAUCUCUGGAUCCAUUUUUCGAUCUGCAAAAGUUCGUAUGGCAGUGUUUAGUCAACAUCACGUGGAUGGACUUGAUCUUUCUUCUACACCUCUGCUGUACAUGGCGAAAUGUUUCCCUGGUGUAAUGGAACAAAGGCUGCGCUCUCAUCUGGGUUCAUUUGGAAUCUCCGGAAAUCUUGCUUUGCAAGCCAUGUAUACCCUUUCAGGAGGACAAAAGAGUCGAGUAGCAUUUGCAAAAAUCACCUUCAACAGACCUCAUAUUCUUCUUCUUGACGAGCCCUCCAACCAUUUGGAUCUUGAUGCUGUGGAGGCUCUCAUCGGUGGACUGGCAAUGUUCCAAGGAGGAGUGUUAAUGGUUAGUCACGAUGAGCAUCUAAUAUCGGGCAGUGUGGAUGAGCUUUGGGUCGUUUCUGACGGAAAAGCGACUCCAUUCCAUGGCACAUUUAAGGAAUACAAGAAAACUCUUCGAGUGACAUAGUCAGCACUAAGUCAGUCUCGCUUGUUCUUUAUCCUGUCAUAGGGAUACAUUGCCUUCAACUAAUCAAGGCAUCAACAUUCCUCGUGGAAGUUGAAAGUUUUGUUAAUGUGGGGAAAGCGAAUCGCUCCAAUGAUCAUUACUGCGAUUGGACUUUUCAUUUUCUUCCGCAUAUAGGUCAAACUAGCUAUAUGAUAUCUAUCAGCACAUUUUGUACACCGCACUAGCAACGUUUCUCGUAGUUUUGAAGCUAGUAGCUAUUUGUGUAGCCUGAGAAAUUGAGUUCUUUUACUUGUGACUAAAGCACGGGAGAUAAUUUUUCGGUAGGCUCAAAAUGUAGACAUCUAAUUCAAUUCGUUUGAAACACAGUUCUUUUGGGCUGCAUGCGUCAUGAUUUUCCAUUUGAA